AUUCAAUUAAAAAUUCAGUUAAAAAAUAAAAUACUACCUGCCAUCCACCCAACCCUGAGUAAGUAGCACUGUGCAUCAAGUACCCUGUUACCAAGUGCUUAGCACCUAGCAAUCUUGCCAAGCUACAAUAUACACAGAAGUUAGCUAGUCAUACGGAUAAAAAAAGAGCAUUACAAUAAGUGUCUUACAGAGCAGUGUUCAAAGUGUUGGCUGUGCCCAGGAGUGCUGGGCUGGUAUUGUAGAGAACACGAGCUUGCGUCACUUUAUUAUACUAUUUUCUCAAUAGACAGAAAUACAGGGUAAUAUUAUACAACAUAGAUCCACAGCCCCCUUCCAGCUUUAUUCAGGAGUAGCUCGCGUUCCCUUGUGAUUUACCUCUGCUUUCCCCAGCUCUUGGUUUUGGCAGAUUCUGGAUAUUUUUAUCACUGCUCCCACAGAUCCUAAGCUGUGUUUGAAAGGGGAACUGGGAAUGUGUGGGUCUCCACUAGUAACUCCCUUGCCUCAGCUGGUCUCCUGCCCUGAGAGUACAGGUUAUAUUGAUUCCUGUCAGUGACUCCAAAGCCUUGCCUGCUUCCAGGGUGAAGACCCCAAGACUUUCCUGGGGCCUCUGGACUAAGGGAGGCUGUGCGGGUGCAGCGAGAGCCCCAUCCCACCGUACCUGGAACGCUGCCCAAAUGUUCUGAUCCUUAGUCCUCCUAAAACUUAAUCUUCUGAGCUGGGCUUGGUGGUGCACACCUUUAACCCCAGCACUCGGGAGGCAGAGGCAGGAGGAUCUCUGCGAGUUCAAGGCCAGCCUGGUCUACAAAGUGAGUUCCAGGACAGCCAGAGCUACACAGAGAAACCCUGUCUCGAAAAACAAAAAUAAAAACAAACAGAUUUUUUUUUUCUGGAAGUUUGAGCACCCAAUGUUUGCACAAGAUGACAGCUACUUCCUCCACUCCCAAGCAUUUUCAGCAACGUCCAGGGAAACUUAAGGCAGUAUGUAUGAGGCUUACUCUGUAGGGUGAGCUCACUCAGAGUUGCUUACUGUCACAGCCUUGAUUGAUCUGCCUGUAUGGAAAGCCUGGCCCCACCAUUUGAACAUCCAGCCUUUACACCUCCCAGCCUUUCAGACUUUAUUUUUCCUGAAAGGUAGGAAUCCAUGCAGUUAACUAGACACCCCCUCCCCGCUUCACAUCUGCAAUCUUGUGCAUGCGCGUGUGUGUGCACAGAACCCCCUGAUCCAGACCACCAUCUACUCUUAGCAUGGAUUGGCCUGGGACACCCGUACCUUACGCUCCACCCAGCCUCUUAAUGACGUCCAUAACACCUUACCCCUACAGCCCCAUUUAAAACCCUUCCAUUCUUUCUGGUACCCAACCACAGACCCGGCAGGAGGAAAACAACGUCCUUGCCAUAGCCUUGCAAAAAGGAAGCGCUUCUCUCGCUUCACCCGCGACAUCUUCAAUGAAUGCUUCCUGCAGACCCCGCGCUCUGCCCAGGAAUAACGGACGUGAACGGAGUAAGUCCUCGGCUUCACUCUGCAUCUCAACUCCGUCAACAAUGAUAGUACUCGGACAACCGAGACUCGGAUUCGUAUUCGCUUCCGCCGAUCCGCUAAACCCUUCCUCCCAAAAGCAGCCAAAACUCCGUCCACCCUGGGUGCGCCCGCGGCUCCGAGCCCAGCCCCGGAGGAAGAAGGCUUCUGAUUGGUUGCUGCGAGAUGGGGCGGAAUCCGGGGGAGGCGUCGCGGAGAGAUGAUGCAACGUCGCGGAACCUUAAAGGCACCGACCGCACGCGCCGCCGAUGGCGCAGGCGCGUUGCUGGGCUUCCAGCUCUGACUCCAGCGCUACACUGAGUCCGGUCGGGCGGACGCGCGGAGUGGACGGCGGGGACGCGCGCGGGAUUCGGGCCGGCGGGCGGGCGGGCCGGGUGACGGCGGAGGAGCUGGAGGCGUGAUGGCCGAGGGCAGCGCUGUGUCCGACCCUCAGCACGCCGCGCGCCUGCUGCGGGCACUCAGCUCGUUCCGGGAGGAGGCGCGCUUCUGCGACGCGCACCUGGUCCUCGACGGCGAGGAGAUCCCGGUGCAGAAGAACAUCCUGGCGGCGGCCAGCCCGUACAUCAGGACAAAGUUAAACUAUAAUCCUCCCAAAGAUGACGGCUCCACUUACAAGAUUGAACUUGAAGGGAUAUCGGUAAUGGUUAUGAGAGAGAUCCUGGAUUACAUCUUCAGUGGGCAGAUCAGGCUAAAUGAAGAUACAAUCCAAGAUGUUGUACAGGCAGCCGACCUGCUGCUGCUGACGGACCUGAAAACCUUGUGCUGUGAGUUUCUGGAGGGCUGCAUUGCUGCGGAGAACUGCAUCGGCAUCCGCGACUUCGCGCUGCACUAUUGCCUGCACCAUGUGCAUUACCUGGCCACGGAGUACCUGGAGACUCACUUCCGAGAUGUCAGCAACACAGAGGAGUUCCUGGAGCUGAGUCCGCAGAAGCUCAAAGAAGUGAUCUCUCUUGAGAAGCUGAACGUUGGCAAUGAAAAAUACGUGUUUGAGGCGGUGAUUCGGUGGAUAGCGCACGACACAGAGAUGAGAAAGGUCCACAUGAAGGAUGUCAUGUCAGCACUGUGGGUCUCAGGGCUGGACUCCAGCUACCUGCGGGAGCAGAUGCUGAAUGAGCCCUUGGUACGGGAAAUCGUCAAAGAGUGCAGCAACAUCCCGCUCAGCCAGCCGCAGCAGGGGGAGGCCAUGCUGGCCAGCUUCAAGCCGAGGGGCUACUCAGAGUGCAUAGUGACCAUUGGAGGGGAGGAAAGAGUUUCGCGGAAACCCACGGCCGCCAUGCGAUGUAUGUGCCCUCUCUACGACCCUAAUCGGCAGCUGUGGAUUGAACUGGCCCCUCUGAGCAUGCCCAGAAUUAACCAUGGCGUUCUCUCAGCAGAAGGGUUUUUGUUUGUGUUGGGGGGCCAAGACGAAAAUAAGCAGACGCUGAGCUCGGGAGAGAAGUACGACCCAGACGCCAACACGUGGACUCCUCUCCCGCCCAUGAAUGAGGCAAGACACAACUUUGGGAUCGUGGAGAUAGAUGGGAUGCUGUACAUCCUUGGAGGGGAGGAUGGUGACCGGGAGUUGAUUUCCAUGGAGUGUUAUGAUAUUUAUUCAAAAACCUGGACAAAGCAACCUGACUUGACCAUGGUUAGAAAGAUUGGCUGCUAUGCAGCUAUGAAAAAGAAAAUCUAUGCCAUGGGUGGAGGAUCAUAUGGAAAAUUGUUUGAGUCUGUAGAGUGUUACGAUCCCCGGACCCAGCAGUGGACUGCCAUAUGUCCACUGAAAGAGAGGAGGUUUGGAGCAGUGGCCUGCGGUGUUGCCAUGGAGCUAUAUGUAUUCGGAGGCGUCAGAAGUCGAGAGGACAUCCAGGGCAGUGAGAUGGUCACCUGCAAGUCUGAGUUCUAUCACGAUGAGUUUAAGAGGUGGAUCUAUCUUAACGAUCAGAACCUAUGCAUUCCUGCCAGUUCAUCCUUUGUGUAUGGCGCUGUCCCCAUAGGAGCCAGUAUUUAUGUUAUCGGAGACCUUGACACAGGUACCAACUAUGACUACGUGCGUGAGUUUAAGAGAAGCACGGGCACCUGGCACCACACGAAGCCACUCCUGCCGUCUGACCUUCGGCGCACAGGCUGCGCAGCUUUGCGCAUCGCCAACUGCAAGCUCUUCCGUCUGCAGCUGCAGCAAGGCUUGUUCCGCAUCCGGGUCCAUUCCCCUUGAAGAGGAAGAGGAGCCAAAAGCGAGGUCCUGCCCCAAGCGCAUCACGUGGCUGGUCGUCAGCAAGCGCAGAGAAGCAGCUCCAUCUUGCUCUGUGCUGGGCAUCAGUAUGGUUACUCUUUGGUGGUUUUUUAAUGCUUAGAAACUUGGGCUUCUGCUCUUGUUUGGAGACCAUGUAACUGUUGAAAAACUACCCGGGAGGAAUCAGUUCCUCCAGCCCGAUGCGUUCGUAAACUGUGGAGGCUAGUGAAUGUCAAAAGGAGGGAGUGGGGGGUUGGUGUCGUGUGAAAUAUCAGAGUUAAAGCCCUAAGGUGCGUAUUCCCGCAAGGGAACUCUUACCUAACUGACUGUGUCCCAGUGUAUGUGGCUGAGGUAGACAAACAACAGAACCCAUAUAUGCAAGCCAACAUCCCCAGCACACAAGGCUGUCCUUGUAUGGUGUGGAGGGGUAGAUGCCUAGCCACACUCAGUAAACUGAGAUUUGUGCCAGUUAGUUCCCAUUAUCACUAGUCCUCUGUCUUAAGAUUCUUUAAGAACUAUACUCUGAUGAACUGAGACUGGGAGAAAACUCCUCUCUGACAACAAUCUGUCUUUCAGUUGCCCAAAGAGCUCAAGUCCGCAGCCCCAUAUUGAGUUUAAAGGAAUCGCUCGCUAUAAAAGACCCUGCGUUCUGAGAGAGUUCUGGGGGGCGCUGUGAGCUUGGGAGGGAGCGUGUACCAUUCUUUCUUUCUACCUGGAAAAGCAAACUCCAGGCUGGUAGCACAGAGGAGACUUCAGAGUCGAGCAAAUGACAGAGGCCUGCUGCAACUAAAAACAGUGAAACACUAAAAACACAAAAAAGCUGUCCAGGUGAUAUCCAUAGGAAUCAAACCUUCUUCCACCCUGUCGGAAAGCACACGAAGUCCUGUUUACUGCUGCUUAGACAUUACAAACUUAUCUUCGAACGCAGGUGUGUUUGGAAUCUCGUCUUUGUAACAGGCUGCCCCCAAAGCCGUUCUCUGGUAGUUUUAGAUGACUUUCACUCCCAGGAAUGUUUGGCUGGUAGAAUAAACUACCUCAACUUAAUUUCAUUCUGUUCCCGUUAGUGCCCUCUUCCUUUUUCCCUCCUUUCCCGUCACUCAUUGCCACUUCCGCCCUCCUUCCCAUUUCCCAUUAGUAAAAACAAGCCAAUCUUUGGUUGGUGGAAUUUAUCUCAUAAGAUACUGUUUUCCAUUCAGAUUAUGCCCCUUGGUGUGAAGUCAGGGACUGGAGUGCACUCUGUUACUUGAUAGUGUGAGUUGUAUGCAAUAUCAAUCUUGAUAUAGAGUUCCUUGUUUCUAAUUGUUUUCUACAAGUUUCUUUCUUGGCUAGAAGAGGCAACAUUGUAUCUUAGUGAUUGCUAAAUGUAUAAGUACAUCCUUUGGUUAUAAAUUGGAGAACAGGAAUUUCUUCUAGAAACUUCCUACGUGAGAUGUUUAUAUGCAAUUAAAUUGCAUAUGAAACCUUAAUCCCCCCCCCCCCCCCCCCCCCCCCCCCCCCCCCCCCCCCCCCCCCCCCCCCCCCCCCCCCCCCCCCGCCUGUGGACCUGAAAAGGCAUGGCUUCUCUGCAGGGAUUUUCCUAUACCUGUCUCGAGUGAUUGGCAUUAUAAAAAGUUGGGGCGAAGAACCCGGAGGGUGGGUGUAAAAAGGGCUGGGCGUGGCUUCCUAACUCAGCUGUGGCCAGAAGCAACUUGGCAAGAGAAGGUCUAAGUUUUUGUCCUUUGCUCUAGGCCGGAUGUGCCACACAUCCACGCCAUCCCAUCCGGUCACAUUCAUUGUCAGUCAGUGGACUAUGUUGCACAUCAGCCAUGUUGCUUUCCAUCGAGGAAGCCACAGCAGAGAGAGCACCUCUGCUCUUCCUGAGAUGGGGGCUUCCCAGGAGAGAAAUUGCCAGAAGGGCCAGUUGACUUGGGUGAAAUACCUGCACAGGACAGAGCCAUGGCCUGCCAGAGCAGAGAGAAACCAGCGCAGGACAGCUGUGGUAACUGCUCUGUUUUGGUUUUUAUUUGUUGUGUUGUUGUUGUUUGUUUGUUUGUUUAAACUCCUGAAGCUUAAAAUUCUCAGUGUGCUUCAGGCCUCUCUCCAAGGAGACAGUUCCUUGUUUAGAGUCAUGGGUCCAAUAGUGAUGUCACUAGUGCCUGUUGACUUGGUCAGUUCACUUAAAAAAACAAACAAACAAACAAACGGGUUUUCAAUUCAGUUCAUUGACACUAUGGCUGCAGAAAUUAAUGUUUUAUAAAAUAAAUUUGCAACUUAAUAUGGGAUGCAAUAACAAAAGCUGCUAAGUGCCAAACUGUUAUUUUUAGGUGUGUGUGUGUGUGUGUGUGUGUGUGUGUGUGUGUGUGAGAGAGAGAGAGAGAGAGAGAGAGAGAGAGAGAGAGAGAGAGAGAGACUGACUAUCCUGUUGAAAAGUGGGGCUGUAUUUAAUUUUACUAUGAUGUUUCAAAGCCAACCAUACCUCUUGGUAACCACUCUCUCUUAGUGUCCAGCAGUAGCUUGUAGCCCCUGUCGUGCAGGUCGUGUUUCACCGCUGCGCCUGUGUCUUGGUCAGGUCUGCGUGAGUGGUCCUUCCCGUCUCGGUAAGGCACUUUGACCGGGUAGAUGUUACAUUUGGCAACGGAGGCUAGAUCUUAAAAUCUGAAACACAAACAUCUUGGGGGAAGUGCAAUUUCUUUUCCCUGGAAGGGCUUAGGCUACAGUCGUGUAAUCAAGACACCCUCCUAGGCUAGAGUCUAAAGUAUGUUUGUUUAUUUCUCUAACAUAUCUAAACAUAGAUUUUUCAAAGAUUUAAGUGCUUAAUUUAAAAUGAAGUGUUUUUUAUGUGAAGAGUGUUUGUGUUCUGUGCGAUGAGAAAGCGUGAGAGAUGAGUGAAUGUGCGUGUGUGUUGUGCCACGUGACUUGACAUGUCUGUCUGUAUAUGUUUACUUUUGAAUCGUAGUCACGAGCUAUCUCUGCUACCGUCUCCUGGUGCUUCAGAUAAACCUUGAGUCUGUCGACCUUCAGUUACACGGCUGUGUCAAACACGCACCGUGUGUAAAUGCGGAAUCUUUGUGGACAGUAGUCAAUUUUACUAGCUUUGCCUCUUUUCCUUAGCAGGAGCGAAAACGUGGAUUUACCUGCUAGCAGUUGAUCCUAGGAAGGGCUGGUCUAAGGGGCCGAGGGUGCUAUGUGGUUGCUCUGAGGAGUCAUGGCUCUGGUUGGGCUUUCCAACCAAAAGUCUGCUGGGUCUGUGUCUGAGUCUUGUUUGUGCUGAAGCGAGUGUUCUGUUACAUCUCACAGCUACUGAGGCUACUCUGAUCUCCAGUGGCUUGACAGUGUCACCAUACCCUUUAUAAGUGGGGAGAGGCCACCCCUCAGAGGUGUCUCGGAAACAUGGUCUCUUCCUGGAAGUGGUGAAAGUAGGGCUGUCCUUGCCGUGGUGCCGCAGAUUCUCACAGGAUGCCAGUCAGGUGUCUAGGGAAACAGCUGGCUCUCGUUGAGGGCUCUGCUUGGUAACUCCUCUGCAGUGCCCUGUGCCUGGGGUCUCAGAAGUUCUCUCUUAUAGUGGGGAGGCUUUCCUGGUUACACAGUCCUCCUGUGGUCGGAUGCUCUGGGAAGGGGUGAGGUGACUUUUAUCAUGUGCACUUAAAGGCUUCAGAACUACCUGAGAAAUGCCCACCGGAAGGGUAGAGCAGUGUUUCCUUCUUGCUGUAACUUCCCCUUAGCCAAGAAAGCACCUAGAAAGCCAGGGAUUGAAGAGGCGUGACAGCGCCUGCCCUGGGUCACCCACCAAAUACAGAGGGCCUCCCUAGAAUUGUGCUUGCGUUUCGGGGAACCUUACAAAGGAGGCAGAGGGGACACAGCCCUCCCUCUCUGUCUUAUAAAUUCGCUGGAGCUUGAGCAAGAACCUUGUCUGUGUGAGUUGGUCCGGGUUUGCAAGUAGGUAUCGAGUCACAGUAUUCUGGCCUUCAAUGAGAUGCUUUUCCCUAAGCAGAGAAUGCGCUCUUCAGUUCUUCUGGGCUUCAAGUGAGAAGCUGUGUACAUAGGUGGGCUGGCCUCAGAAAUCCCAAGUGCCUCGUGUACUACUCGCACGUGCCUGCGUCCGCAAGUGCUUCCGCAGGACGCUGUACCUGUGCCCAGCGCGCCUCAUAACGCUCAUCACGUGAAUGUCAGGUUGAUUGGCUACAUCUGACAUGGGCUUAUUAAAAUCUUCUCCAUGUCUGAGGUGGGUAGGGGCGCUCUCCCCUUCCUACAGUGAACAUUCAAGUAUGCGCAGAAGCCAGGCCCUGGGGUUACCAAGGGUAAUCCAGCCAACUCAGCAAGAGCUUGAGCUUCCUCAGCAUGCAGGUGUUUCUAUUCCCAAAAUGGACAUCAUUUGUAGUAUGGGCUCAGCCCCCAGACCAACAUUCUGGCUGGAGAAACUGGAAAACCUUUUCCUCUCCCUGUCAGUUGGCUGUUGAAAGUCUCGCACUUUCCUCGGUGUCUUCUGGAAGCAAGGCCCGGUUUAUUCAUAAAGACCGAAGCUAACAUUUCAUUGAUUGUCCCCACUCAGUCGGGGAGGGAGGGACUGCUUUGGCAAGCUGAGGGGUCUUUCUGCCUUCUGAGUAGUCCCUAAAGGCUCCUUCUGGCUCGUUUUGAUGUGCACAUACAGUUCUGGGGUAGGGAUGAGAGUGAGUCCAUUGACUCAGAUGGUGGGUGUUUCGCUCUCGCUGCCCGUGAAGAGUAGGCGCUUCCGCAUAUUCUGCCGCUGGGAGCGGCUCUGCCUCCUGCCUGGUGAACUCCCUUAGACCCUGGUGCUGAAUUUCUUCAAGCUGCACCAGGGAAGUCUCCGUAGCUUACUUUAUGGCAUUUCCUGUUGAAUCGGAUGGGAAUACUUGCAGUCAUUCCCAUUCUUUGUGUUCCUGGGGAAAAACAACCCUCUUGUCCGCUACCUCAUGGUGUGGCAUUGGAUUUGUUCUGUCCUGUAACAAGCGCCUGGAAGCAAGCAGUGAGCAGCCUUGAGGAGGUCAGUUCUCUUGGGCGGAGUUUCCAUUUUCGUACUUUUUAAAAUAGGCACUUUAAACCUGGAGGAGCGGGCAUUCUUCCGGGGCUUCUGCGAGGCGAAGACUUGAAACUCAACUUGAACUUGAAAGUCAUUUAAAGGCGAUGUUUUCUUGUGGUGGAGAAGUGGCAGAGUCGCGCAGCAGCACUGUGGCGUUUCUGUCCUUGUUAGGAUCAGAGGAGAGCGCGUCUGCGAUUUGACACAGUGUUUGGAACUUAGAUGCUUGAGGCGGCUGUGAUGUUUCUUGCAAGGUGCUGCCGAUUCCUGGGAAUUCCUCCUUUUGCUGGCUCCUCCCCUACAUUCUCUUCUUCCUUCAGUCCUGAGAGCACCAGAUGUCAGAACGAAACAGAUGUUUUCCAGGUUCACGAGCAAGCUUGACCCAACUACCUUGAAUCAUGCUUUACUUAAGAGCGGGACUCAUCUGUCACACUCGUAGGGGACUCUCCUGCGCUUCACCCUGCACAUCCCUUCUCCACACCCAGUAACAGGCUCGCACUGACCCAGCCGCUGGCCACUCUUGGUCCCCAGGUGAGAAUGACAUCACUGAGGGAGCUCAGCAAUUGGAGACACUCUUCCAGGAGUUCGUUCUUAUAGGAAUGGUCACUUCUCAGGUCACAGUUGGACCUGGCCUACUAAAUAGGAGACCUGGGUCAUCAACAGAGGCCAACCCUCUUUUCAGCUUUCUGUUCCCCUCGGAGUACUGCACUCUCUUGAGUGCUCCCCUCAGAGCUCUGUCCCUGGGUUCCAGCCCUCCCUUCAGAGCCUGAUACAUUUUAAAACCUCAUGCAAGUGUAGUGCCCUAAGACUUUAAUCCCAGCACUCAGGAGGCAGAGGCAGGCAGAUCUCUGUGACGCUGAAGCCAUCCUGGUCUACAGAGUGAGUUCCAGGACAGCCAGGACUACACAGAGGAACCCUAUCCCAAAAGUCAAAAAACUAACAACACUAAAACACCUCAUGCAAUCAGAUGAUUGAAUGUGUAUUCUGGUGCCUUCAGAGUUGGCCCAGAGACUGUAAAAUGGCAAAGCUUCUCCUCAGGUGGCAGCAUAUGGCAGUGUCUGUGCCCAGGUGAGCAACAGGAGCCCAUGAUUUUAGAGAGCAAAUCCUCCCUUCCUGCUUAGGCCCCAGGUCUGUGGUUUUGGUUAUUCCUAGGGAUUUACCUGAGACUUGAACAGGCCCAGUAGUCAAGAGCACAGGAGUUGGAGAAUCUGGGGUUGAAGACUUUUGCCACCUAUGUUCUGGUCUCUAGGCUUAGCUCAGUUUGCCUUUGGAGAGAGGGUGUUGACCUCCCUGAGUGGUGAUUACACUCAAGUUGCGGUGGCUGUCAUUGCUCCGUCAUCAUUCCGUCUGUCCACACAGAGUGCUGUGAGACCCCGGGCCAGUAGGGGACUGCUUGGAGCUGAACAUCUGGGCCUCCUGCCAGUGCUCACCCUAGUGUCUGCCACCACAUAGAUACCAGCAAAUGUCUGCUUGUGCUUACAGGAUGUGUUUCCUUUUGGCCACAUGCCACCUCUCACCUCUAGCGUGAAUGGUUAUUAUAUUCAGGAUAACCACGGAUAUCAGAAACACCCAACACAUGUACUUGCAGUGUUCGAGAAUUGUGGUCAAGCCAGGUGUGUUGGUGAUACCUUUAGUGCCAACACUUGGGAGGCAGAGGCAGGCAGAUCACUGUGAAUCUGAGAACAGCCUGGUCUACAUAAGAAGCGCCAGAACAGUUAGGACUACACAGAAAAAUCCUGUCAAAAAAAUAGAGAGAGAGAUGGUCAGUUACCCUCUUGAGAGCUUGCCUAAUCGAGUCCUCUAAGAUUCCUUAAAAUCCUUUACUAAGGUGGAACUUUACUUUUCACCAGAAUAUCAAAUUUAUCAUCUAGAUUGACCAAACAAACCGGGUGUUUUCUACAUCUCUGACUGAGGUCACAAACCUAAGCUUCUGCUUCUUUAACUUGGAUGUCGUGUGUGGAAACUGCUCCCCUGUGUCCGUGGUGAAGCCUCCAGCCUGGAGGAUGUAGGCAAGCAUGCAAUGUGGGGUACAGCAGCCUGGGACCACCCAGCCACUUAGCAGUGACCAGGCUCUGGCCUGAUGCUGGGCUUACAAAGGAGGAGUGUACUACUCCAGAACAUUCAGGCCAGUAGGCAGAAUUACAGAAUCUCAUCACCUUGCUUAUUUAUUUAUUUAUUUUUUCUUGAGUGUUUUGAGACAAGGUCUUAAGCCUCCUGCCUCCGCCUCCUAAUGCUAGGUUUGCUCUUCUGUCGUCUUUAGACCCAUGAGGUAGAACAGCUUUGGGGUAGCAGGGUGCCCUCUGCAGUACCAACUGAUGGCUUCUGUGUACUCUACCAGGGCCCUCUGUGGACAGGACAGUCGGUGCGAUGCUCUGCCUGGCAUCCAGAGCUCCUGCAGGCCAGGGCUUCUGGGGGCUGUUUAUUUAGUAAAAAGGGAGUGUGAAGCAGCCUUGUGUCCCAUCUACACUUGCUUCAUGUCCUUCCCCUCUAUUCAUCACUUUGGUCCCUUAACUGUGGCCAUCGGCCACCACACCAUGGCAGUCCCUUCACCAGGGUGGUCAUGGUCCAACUUUCUAUAAUGGUCUUUUAUUUCCAGAGAUUUCUUUAAGCCAUAAUGUCCACCAGAACCAUGAUUUUUGGUUGACACACGUUUUGUUUUAAGCUCUUUGCUGCCUACUCUGCCUUAAGCUGGUAAAUGACAGUCAUGCCUCCCAAGUUGGGCUGGCUGCCCGGGAAGGUGCUUGGUGAACUCAGCCAACUUUCCCUGGGAACUGGCAUGGCUCUUCGUUACCUCUUGUAAAGCAUUUCUAGGGGCCCCAUUCUUAUGUUCCUAUUCUGUCUCCCCUCUGGUGAAAGCCUGCCAUAGGACCCCCAGCCAUUCACCUAGAAGUGGGAACCCUGUGGUCACAAGGGAGCAGCCCCUAGCUCCCCGCCCCAUCCUCGGUGGGCUGGGCUGUCUUAUUGGCCCCUGAUGGUCACCUAGAUGCCAGAAGGAGUCUGAGAACAGGGUCCUUCCCACAGCCUGAGCAGUAACCUCUGGCAGUCUGAGGACUUCUGUCUGGGAGGAGGACGCUGGUUCUCUUUACCAGAGCACUGUCGUCACACUCUCCUGCCCCUUUCAGACCUCUCACGCUUGUCCCCGCCUGGCUUUCUAGUCUCUUGAAUUGUGUCACAAAGAAGAAAGGAAAAGGGGGCUAGCAAGGUGGCUCCACAGGGAAAGCCUGAUGAGCUGAGUUUCGUUCCCGGGACCCAUGUGGUAGAGAGAGAGAGCUAAUUCCCACAAGUUGUCUUCUGCCCUCCCCCACACUUACAUAUACAUAUUAAUAAGGAAAUGUAUAAGAAAAAUGAGAAAAAGGGAAAGGAAAUGGAGCUGUAACUCACGCUGCUCUCUGGACCACGGAGCAUGGGGUCAGCAGCCUAGCAGAAGGCGUGCCUUCUCGGUCCCUGACCAUACCUCUGUGCUGGCACUUUCCUCCUGCCAGCCAGUCCCAGCAGCUUCCUGGGCCAGCACCCAGCAUAGCCCCAACCCAUCUCAAGCCUCAAGCACCUGGAGAUGAAUAGGAGCCUUCCACACCUGCCCUGAGGUCACCAAGGGCUCUCUCUGAGUCAGGGGCCAGCACCGGGCCACACACACUACCUCAGCAUCCAGCCUCAGUCACAGCAUCGUGUGGUCCCAGAUUGUCCAUCGAGAUGUACUCAGAGCCUGGAUGGCCUCUCAGAGGCUGUCUGACACCUCCGUCUGCACUUGGCCCUGAAAACUGCUCUGGGAUCCCUUCCUGCAUCCCGUGGCAUGCUCCCAAGAGCAGGCCAGGCUUCCUUCUCCUCCUGUCUUGUUUAACUCUGACUUGAAUAUCCCAAGCGGUGAAUAGAGUCCAAAGUGGGUAUGGCAACAAGUUUGCACUAAGAAAGGGACCGCUUUUUCAUGUUCUCAUCACAAAGGUAUUUGCUUCAAAAGAAACUCAAGAAAAUGUGCAUGUAAUGUUGAUGGCCAGGGUGAUGAGGAUUAUGGUGGUCAUGAAUUGUAACUUAGAGUAGCCUCCUGUACUUGACAGUUAGGCUUUGUUUAAAAAAAAAAAAAAACAAUAAUAAGCCAGGUGGUGGUGCACACCUUUAAUCCUAGCACUUGGGAGGAAGAGGCAGGCGGAUCUCUGAGUUCGAGGCCAGGCUGGUCUACAGAGCGAGUCCCAGGACAACUAGGACUGUUACACAGAGAAACCCUGUCUUGAAAAAUUAAUAAUGAAAAAAAAAUUUUAAAGACAACAAUAAUAAACAUGGAAACUGGUACCCAGGGGGAAGUGUCAUCAGAUUUUAAAAGCACUGAAGCCUAAGAACCCUGUCUGUCAUGCAGCACCUGCUUCUAGAUGGCACCUUAGGGUCCAGCUUCAUCAUGGAGAGGGCAUCUAAAGCCCAUGGGCUGAAGAACCUUAUGUUGGGAACUAUACCAAGUGGCCUUCCAUGGGAAGGAUAGAAGCCAGGAGUGACACACGCCUAUAAUCCCAGCACUCAGGAGGCAGAGGCAGGCAGAUCUCUGUGAGUUUGAGGCCAGCCUGGUCUACAGAGUGAGUUCCAGGCCAGCCAGGACUAUGCAGAGAAAACCUGCUCAAAAAAACAAACAAAAACUAACAAGUAAAUAAAUUAAUAGAAAAGAAAGCACAAACUGUAUAGCAAAGCUUGCUUAGUUCAGUCGUCAGUGGCUUUUUCUGUCUAUGGGGUCUUUCCAUUUUGAACCCACUCAGAACCCAGCUGCUGACUUCCCUCUCCCCUAACCUCGUGUUAACAGUGGCGAUACAUGGUGGUACUUGCUUUGACCACGUUGUCCCGUCUUUAAAUUGUGACAGCCGUAAACAAAGACGGUGGCUGUCGAGGAAGUGCUGAGCAUACUUCACAGUGGGUCCCAUAGUUCUUGCCCACAGGCCCAAGGCCCCCACCCCCAGCCCGAAGAGCAGUGGUCUCAACCUUCCUAACGCUGCGACCCCUUAAUCCGGUUCCUCAUGUUGUGGUAACCCCCAACUGUAAAAUUACUUCACUGACUUCAUUGCUUCUUCAUGACUGUGAUUUCUCUGCCGUUGUGAAUCAGAAUGUGAUUGUCUGAUGUGCGACCCCCAGACGGGUCAAGACCCAGGUUGAGAACUGCCGCCAUGGAGAUUGCCAGGCAUUCACUCCUCGUCAGUACCCAGGCUGCAGACACAGCCCGGGCAGACCUCAUUCCUCAAUGAUGGGGCAUUUGUUUCUAUAUGUGAAUAAGGCCUGCCCACAACACACAGUGAACAUGGCAGUUUGUGGGUGUUCCGUCACUGAGUGUCUUCUGCCAGGACAGAAAACUAUCAAGGAAACCCCACUAAAAAGAGUAAUUGAGUUAGAUAAGACAUUCUGUCUCCAGGCUCGGGACCAGCCUUCCUGGGGCCCCACUUGAGCAGAGUGGCCUGCCGUGUACUCCCUAGCCCUGUCAGUAUUGCGUGGAGCACUGAGUGCAGUGGUCACUCCUGUGGUCACCCUUGCCAAGAGCGGGUUCCCAGCUGGUUUGUUCUCGGACGCUUUUCCUGCCAUAUGAACAACCCCAUAAAGACCAUAGACUGCCAGGUCUCAAAAACCCCAUCCCCAAAUCCAUCCUGCCAAAGCAAGCCUGUCUCAUUGACAUCGCUGUGUUUCUUGGCAUGGUACUCAUAGAACGGCUUUUCGUUUAAAUCCUGCAGCUUUAACUAUCCGGGGAAGUUCCCAGGAAGACCACGCUCAGGUCAGGCUGAACUGAGUGUGGUAAAGCUGAGUGCUCACCAUACAGUGCUCCCACUGAGAACGGGGCAUUUGCAAUGGGUGCACACAAACGCAACGUGAGUCACUCUCUGAAAAAGUAAAAUAUUUGAGGGGCCAGAAAGUUGCACCUUACAGAACUGUCCAGAUUUGGUAGGAGAGUAGAAAACUUUUGAACUUCCUUGCAAUGUUCCUGUCUGAUGCCUUGUGGGCCAAAUGUAUCUGUUCCGUGGAGUGACUGAUUUUCUAUUGCUUUGCCGGUGUCUGUAGCAAAGUCAGAAGUUGUUUUUUUUUUUGUUUUUUUUUUUUUUAUUUGUAACCUUUCUUACAAAGUUACUUUAUGGUUUACAAGCAACACUGAUGCAGAAGGAUGUGGUAACUUUCUUAAAUUAAGUAGCAGCACUUUGUUUACGGGGUGUGGAUAUUGUCGGUAACUGUGGGGUUGGGUCCCUCAUCCCCAGGACUCGACCUGUGAUCUGGGGAAAUAUUGCCAUUGUGCUGUUCUCUUGUACCAAGGAUCAGUGAAAGUGUUUUAUCUUUUUUACGUAGUUUGUAUUGACUGGGUUUUAUAAUGGUAAGAAAACAGAACGUUGUAUUUUGAGCUUGAAAUUUGUGUAUGGUCAAGUAGUUCUGUUUUAUGUAUUGGAAGUUCGUUUACAACUUGAACUAUUUUCUAGAAGAGUGCUGAACAAAUGAAUUGUCUUCGAGCUGUUUCAUUAACCUAAUAAAAUAAUUUGAUGG